UUAUCAUCCUCACCAUUAUUACCGUUAUCACCCUCAUCAUCAUUACCGUUAUCAUCCUCACCAUCAUUACCGUUAUCACCCUCAUCAUCAUUACCGUCAUCACCAUCAUUACCGUUAUCAACCUCAUCAUCAUUACCGUUAUCACCCUCAUCAUCAUUACCGUUAUCACCUUCAUCAUCAUUACCGUUAUCACCCUCACCAUCAUUACCGUUAUCGUUAUCACCUUCAUCAUUAUUACCGUUAUCACCCUCAUCAUCAUUACCGUUAUCGUUAUCACUUUCAUCAUCAUUACCGUUAUCACCCUCACCACCACUACCGUUAUCACCCUCACCAUCAUUACCGUUAUCACCCUCACCACCACUACCGUUAUCACCCUCAUCAUCAUUACCGUCAUCACCAUCAUUGCCGUUAUCACCCUCAUUACCGUUAUCACCCUCAUCAUCAUUACCGUUAUCACCCUCAUCAUCAUUACCGUUAUCACCCUCAUCAUCAUUACCGUUAUCAACCUCACCAUCAUUACCGUUAUCACAAUCAUUACCGUUAUCAUCAUCAUUACCGUUAUCACCAUCAUUACCGUUAUCAUCUCAUCAUUACAGUUAUCACCAUCAUUACCGUUAUCAUCAUCAUUGCCGUUAUCACAAUCAUUACCGUUAUCACCAUCAUUACCGUUAUCAUCAUCAUCAUUACAGUUAUCACCCUCAUUACCGCUAUCAUCAUCAUUGCCGUUAUCACCCUCAUUACCGUUAUCACCCUCAUCAUCAUUACCGUUAUCACCCUCAUCAUCAUUACCGUUAUCAACCUCACCAUCAUUACCGUUAUCACAAUCAUUACCGUUAUCAUCAUCAUUACCGUUAUCACCAUCAUUACAGUUAUCAUCUCAUCAUUACAGUUAUCACCAUCAUUACCGUUAUCAUCAUCAUUGCCGUUAUCACCAUCAUUACCGUUAUCAUCAUCAUCAUUACAGUUAUCACCCUCAUUACCGCUAUCAUCAUCAUUGCCGUUAUCACAAUCAUUACCGUUAUCACAAUCAUUACCACAAUCAUUACCGUUAUCACCAUCAUUACCGUUAUCAUCAUCAUUACAGUUAUCACCCUCAUUACCGUUAUCAUCAUCAUUGCCGUUAUCACAAUCAUUACCGUUAUCACCAUCAUUACCGUUAUCAUCAUCAUCAUUACCGUUAUCACCAUCAUUGUCGUUAUCACCCUCAUUACCGUUAUCACCCUCAUCAUCAUUACCGUUAUCACCCUCACUACCAUUACCGUUAUCACCCUCAUCAUCAUUACCGUCAUCACCAUCAUUACCGUUAUCACCCUCAUUGCCGUUAUCACCCUCACUACCAUUACCGUUAUCACCCUCAUCAUCAUUACCGUCAUCACCAUCAUUACCGUUAUCACCCUCAUUACCGUUAUCACCCUCAUCAUCAUUACCGUUAUCACCCUCAUCAUCAUUACCGUCAUCACCGAUCAGUAGAAAAGAAUAGAUGUUUAACGACACCCCAGCACGAAAACUACAUCGGCUAUUGGGUGUCAAACUAUGGUAAAUGCAAAACUUCUGGAACCGAUCAGUAGAAUAGAAUAGAUGUUUAACGACACCCCAGCAUGCAAAAUACAUCGCCUAUUGGGUGUCAAACUAUGGUAAAUGCAAAACAUCUGGAACCGAUCACGCAGAAAAGUUGUUCUUGUCUGGAACAGCGGUAAAACAUUUAUUGCUUCUGCAAUGUGCUCAACCGCAAUUCGCCUUUCAGAAAGCACCAUACCUUCAACAUAAAAUUAUUUGCUUGCUUAUUAUUUGUUCUUGUUUAUGGACUCCAGACUCCUCCACUAUGGACCAUGUUCCGUACUCUUCAUAGCUUUCAAAUCCGUAACCUAUGACCCUUUACUUUUAAUUGUAUAUCUUCAGCGAUUGGCUUAGGAGUCAUGUAUUUCAGACGAUGAUGAUUAAUCACCUCUCUCAACUCAUCGUCCAGACAUUGGAAAUAAAUCAACAGGAUAUUUCAUUUAAAAUUAUUAGCAGCUCGUGGCACAAAAUAUAAGUAAUAUCUGGCCUGGUGUUUAUAAAACCUUUAGUCUAGACUCGAAACUC